CUGAGCGUAAAAUCGAGCUUUGGCAUUUUUGAAAUUACAGAUCACUUAGAAACAUAUGGCCUAUCACGUCACAUCGCUGUGUACCAUCGCGGCUGUAUUUACAAGUUGCGAGUUUUCGAUGAAGACGACCGUAUUUAUAGUCUUGAUGAACUUACUGAGAUAUUUGAGGAAUUGCUGAUGCGUGACGAAAACGUUGGAGAAGUGGAGGGUCGUAUCGCCGCUCUGACUACAGAUACUCGCGAUCGAUGGCACGAAAAUCGUCGCCAGUUCUUUCUUGAAAAUGCCAUCAAUAAGGAAACGUUAUGUGCGAUUGAAUCGGCCAUUUUCUUUCUUGUCCUCGAUCACUCAGAGUAUUAUGACGACGACUCGGAGAUGCUUGGUAGCUUCUUCAAAAAUAUGCUGGCUGGUGAUGGCUGCAAUCGCUGGGCGGAUAAGUCACUAAAUUACGUGGUUGCUGCUAAUGGACGAUGUGGUGGAACAACGGAACAUUCAAUCGGCGAUGGUGCGGAAUUCGAUUAUGUCUUUGAGAAUUUUGCUUACAUGGAUAAUAAAAUUAUUGAUUCCACAUACGCUGUUCGACUGAAGUUUGAUAUUGAUGAAAAAAUGAGCAAAGAAAUUAUGCGUUGUUACGCGGACUAUCAGCAACAGAUCAGCGACCUGGAUGUUGCAUCGAUCGUAUUCGCUGAUUUCGGCAAAGGACUUCUAAAAGAGGGCAGCAUUUCACCAGAUGCAUUUGUUCAAAUGGCUCUCCAGCUUGCCUCUUAUAGGGAUCAAGGGAAAUUCUGCCUAACAUACGAAUCGGCAUCCGCAAGAUUUUUUGCAGCUUCAAGAACAGAAACGCUACGCCCCGUAACAAAAGAAUCAUGUGCAUUUGUUCGAUCAAUGCUUGACGCAAACAGCUCCCGUGAAGAGCGGCUGAGCUUACUGCUACGUGCUGUGGAAGUGCAUGGCUUGCACAAAACGCAAUGCAUGGUUGGCCAGGGAUUCGAUCGGCACCUCUUUGUUCUCUACGUUCUCAGCAAAUUAACCAGUAUACGCAGCCCAUUCCUGGAGUACUACAUUGGCCAGGAGUGGCAACUCAGUACAAGCCAGGUGCCAAAUAUGUCGCAGCAAUUGGAUGAGGACUCAGAACCGGGCCUUUCCUGGUUCGGUGCCGGUUUUGGUGCCGUAUGCAAAAGUGGAUAUGGUAUUUGUUACCGCUUUGCAGGAAACCAUUCGAUAUGCGUGCAUAUUACAUCGUACAGGUCUGCCGAAAACACGGAUUCACGCCGAUUUCAGCAAUAUAUGAUUCAGUCCUUCCAUGAAAUAUCUGCUCUAAUUAAAGCAUAG